AAGCUCUGCCUCCUCCUCCGCCUCUCGCUCCCGCUAUCAGGCUCAUUUGCAUAAUUUAUGCAGACGUCACCAAACCAGCCUUACAAAUAGAGGCCCGGGGCAGAAAUAGCAACAGACAGCCGCUCGUAGGAACCGGCGAAGCUUGACGCGCGAUAACCUCCCCUGACACAGCACUGAGCUUUCACACAGACCGAGAGGAGUCGGUGCAUCGCUACUAACCCGACGAACCAAAAAACCUGAUCCUUCCCCACACACAGACACCCGCUUUAACUAAACUCACUUCGGUGACCGACCAAGUCGCAAUCGUGGCGAGAAGCAUCAUCCAAACGAGUGUGGUCCUGAACAUGAGCACAGAGAUGUUCGCCAAGACGCCGAUGGAGGUGGCCGUCUACCAGCUGCACAACUUCUCCAUCUCCUUCUUCUCCUCGCUGCUCGGAGGAGACGUCGUUUCGGUCAAACUCGACAACAGUGCCUCUGGUGCUAGCGUGGUGGCCAUCGACAACAAGAUCGAGCAGGCCAUGGAUCUCGUCAAGAACCACCUGAUGUACGCGGUGCGCGAGGAGGUGGAGAUCCUCAAGGAGCAGAUCAAGGAGCUGGCGGAGAAGAACAAUCAGCUGGAGAGGGAGAACUACCUGCUCAAGAACCUGGCCAGUCCCGAGCAGCUGGAGAAGUUCCAGUCCCGCAUCCCGGCGGACGCCCUUCUGGACAAUCAGAGCGUCCAGGCGACCGCCGAGCAUCAGCAGCAGCAGCAGAGCUGUAGCCGCGCCGCCGGCUCUGCUGUAUAAGUGGCUCUGCCUUGGGGCGGGCAGAGCCACUUUCUCUUUCCUGUCGUGGACCUCGUUAUUUUUGAACGCAAGCGUUAACUAAGUCGCCGCAAACCGAGACACCCUUUCGGGACAGCGAAGAAGAAUCCUCGGCGCUGCGAAUGAUUGACGGGACUCAAAAUGAACUGUUGAGACCAGAUGAGCAGAGAACCAGAACUAGAGACGCUCUAAAACUGGUGCCGUGUCAGGCCCAUCCUGUGUACCAUCCAGCUCUUUGUCGUAGUCUCUCUUCGUAGGCAUGGGUGUGAGGCAUAGAGAGGGCAGACUAGCCUAGACAGAGGGAUGGGGGGAUUUCCCCUCCCUGGCCAAACUCUUCCAGCGAAACGCCCUCGUUUUUUUUCUCCCCCCCCUGUCGAGGAAGAGGGGGGGUGAGGAGGCGUUGAUUGGGCUCGCCCUGCAGGCGCUAACCUGGAAAGUGCUGGGACUGUGCUCCCUCAUGACCCAGAGGAGACCCGUCCUGAGACGGUGCUCCCAGUCUCAACAAAGGAACUCCCCUCCCACAACCCCCGUUUUUUUGCAGAUUCGUAUCUCAAAAUACCUGAAAAAAGGACUUCCAGCUGCACAUUUCUGACACACGAGGACUUUUUGAUCCUCUUCGUCUUGAGAAUAACAAGGAAAAUAUGCAGGAUAAGCUAAGGAUACAGAGGUGGAGGUCGAUGCAGAGAACUCCAUCCAAGCUGAUGAACUGCCGCAGUAAACUAACCAGUAUACUGUCAUAGCUCACAAAAUGUAUUGUUUGCUGCCAGGGCUUGCUGCUUAUUGGGGGGGGAGACUAAUUCUGCGUUAUGUUCUGUUUUUUUGAUGAAUUCUGAACAAAAGUCAGUUUUUUUAUUAUUGUUUUUUUUUUUUUACCAUAGGAGCAGUGUACUAGCUUCAGAAGCUGUCUUUGUUACAGGUCCGUCCAUAUCUGCCAUUUUGUUUGCCUAUUUCGCAGGAAAACUACAAUGUACAUACAGAUGAACCGUCUUUGAGGUAAACACUGUUAGGAUGGUUUGCGGGCAGAAGGCUGUGUUUCUAGCAGCCUAUGCACUCCUGAUUAUUAUUAUUAUUAUUUUUUUAAGAUUUUGUUUUAGCAAUGCCGUCCAGUAUCUGGUGUCUUUCCAUAUUCAGACGGCAACUUGAUAACGAUGGCAUGACAACAGUGCCUGUAUGCGACGAUCGCAUUUCUGACACGACUUUUGUUGCUGGCGUUUUCUUUUCCAGCUACCAAAAAAAAAAACGUGUUUUCACAGGGCAACAAAUGCUAACCAAAUGAGGACCAUGUGUAAAACUUCACAGGGAGAAGUGUUCUUUAUAGUUAGUUUUGUUCUGUUUUUGUUUGUCUGUUUUUUGUAAAAGUAACGAUGUUGUUGCUGUAAAGUAUCCUUGAAAACAGUUAACCGCUGUGUGGUUUUUUUGGAUACGACUGCACAUUUGCAAUAAACCUUAUGUUUACAUAUUA